CUUCCCGUCUCGCACGCCGACACGCCGACGCACAUCUACCCAAGUGAGCUCUGUACCGUCACCAUGGAUGUCAAUGGUGACGAAGAGGGGUGGGCUCUUCGAGAACAUAUCAGGAAUAUUCUUUAUGAAUAUGCUGUCACUCAUCUAACGACCGACUAUAUUCAAUUUACUGAGGACGCUGUCUCCGAGUUACUUUCCCAAGCUCUCGCGGAGGUGCCACUGCAUGAUAAAGACGCGAUACGAUUGCCCACAGAUCCCUUCUUGAGCUUGAGGCUGCGGUAUCGGUUAGACGACCUCGAACCUUAUCAAGAGAAAAUUCAAGUUCUUCCUGAGGUGCUGCAGUAUCUGAAGAGCGUGAUGAAGAUCAACCCCGGACUAUCGAAGACUGAGAGUGUCUCAUACGAGUUCGGCGCCUAUGAUAAGGAGGACUCCGUAGUUCACGAACCCUUAUCUCCAAAGCUCAGUCGCAGGUCGAGACGAGCCACCCCGUAUUCUGGUUCGAGUGAAUCUUUCAAAUCGGUGCCCCAAAGUCACAGAACGUAUUUGAAGUCGCAGUCUAUCAAAGUUGUCCCGCUUGAAGCUUUCAACGACCCGAAUAUAUCACCAGCAGAAGUCCUGGAUCUCAAUUGUCGCCUCCAAACCGAAGAACAUCGGGCAGUAUCCGCCUUUCUCAAAUCUACUGCUGCUUUAUCUCGUCCAGGGCCGGAGUACAAGAACAAGUAUCUUGAUCCUUCCAUCCGGGAAGAUUCCCCUCCCCUUCGCGUUCGUGAAGAGGUCCCUGUCCCUAUGUUUCCUAGAUCAGCUAGAAUGGGUGCCGGUCGUUCAGCCAAUACUAAUUUCUUUCCGUCUGACCUCCAGAAGAUGUGUGAUCUUCCUGCAAAGCUGCCACCCGUAGUCGAAGCAGAAGACGAUGACGUGGAACUGUUCAAAGCCAACAUGGUCGUUGUAGAUGGAUGGCAAACGUAUAUCACUUCGUCUCCAUCGGCUUCAACGCCGUCAUCGAGCCAAGAAGAUAAAAUUGAUCAACUCUUCAACGUGUCGUCCCCCGAUACUGAAAUGUCACCCCUCAGGCUGAUUCGUAUGGAUGUGCCACCCAUACCGCGCAACAGAAGGAUCUAUGGCUCUAGAGAACAAGUCUCGCCCAUUGGAAAAGGCAAAUCAUUAGCGUCGUUUCUUCUGCCGUUUAUCUCGUUGACGGCAGCAGGAAGGGAGCCCGAAGAGCAACACUUGUCGCCGGAGCCUGCAUCGUCAAUGUCGGGUCAACCAGCCUCUCUCCUGGAUAGUGCUGUUCAAAGCAUGGACAUGUUGGAUGACGAGAUCGACCGGAUAUAUGAGAGCGUGAAUGUGGAAAAUCCUAAAGACGUCAUACUCAAUGAAACGCUCACCGAAGAGGCUAGCUUACUCAUGAAGGUUCCUGAUCUACUGCCGCCUAAUGAGCAUCUACCGGGUGCACUUUUCCUACCAAAGAAACUACUUGAAUAUGUCUGUCCACCGAAGAUGGCCAGGGCACACAACGAUCAGGCGAUAUCUACACACCAGUUUUUGAAAAAGGCCAAAGGAAUACAAUCUCUGGGCUUAGCUCUCCCUUGGACGCCAUUUACGAUCAAAGGAAGCCUUCCUACACAUAUGGAUAUUACCGGGUCGACAACGCUCAUCGAUGGUGACGACUUGAGGAACGCCCUUCCUAAAGAUCAUAUCAAAACUCAGGUGCAGUCUCUUCUGGACGCGGCGCUUAUGUUGGACUCUUCUCCUGUGGUAUCGGAUACAAAGCACUUCUUGCUCGAUGAAGAUAAUGGACCGCUUUCCGAGGAUGACUCAGAAAUCAUGUUGUCUCGAGUCGAGCGAAUUCGGCUUUCUGGGCUCAAAUCUGUCGAAGACAACGACGAAGACGAUAGUAACAGUGACAAGGAGAAUCAACCUUUAUCUCAAAGGCCUGCGAAGAGGGCAAGAAUCGACAACCACCACAACAUUGAUGAUUCAGGCAUCGCCGCCUUUUCUCACAAACACUUAUCUGUCGAAAAUUCUUCUCCAGCAAAUCCUCCUCCAAUUAUCCUUCCUAACGAUGACAUCUCAAAUCCAUUUCGCUUUUCUCAACCCCACGACAUGUUUGAUGUCGCUAUGACUAGCACUUCCUCGUAUCAGCUCGAACAAGGAGACCAUUUCUUUCAGCAGCAGCUAUUUGAUGAAGACGCCUAUCCGAUGUCGCAAUUCUCUACCGGUAUCAGGGAGGACUCUCAGUCUCAACAAGGGCCUUUCCAGCCCUUAUCCUUUGAAUCAAACGAGGCCUUGUCGCAACACAUUACCCGGAGAGAAACCUCUAUGGAGCCUCAUAGCGCGCCACCUCGGAUGAUUUGUCUUUAUGAACCUGAUAUUAUAGGCACGGACGCUAACGAAUAUACUGUCACUAAUAGUAUUGCGCCUGCUUUAUCUACCCAGCCUGCCCCUGACCUUCUUCCUCGUUCUCUUGCUGACUCUACUCCCAUUACAAACGAUGCCAUAUUCAUCCCCGAGAUUGCAACUCAUCCUCUUGGUAUAACCGACUUCCUUAAGCUACGCGCCAAAUGCACCAAUUCUACCGAGUUUCCAUCUGCAACUGCUCACCCUUGUGCCCCUGAUGUUCAAGUCGAAAGUGCCAUUCCCGAAGCACCUCGAACAGCACCUCCUGAAAUCUUUGACAAAAACACUCUACGUCUACCGACCCGCGGUGCUCCAUCCAGUGCACAUCUCUAUAUGGCAUCCAUGGGAACCCUGCAAAAGCAAGUUUUGAUCCGAACUCUUCGCUCGAACUUGUGUGCCGUUGGACUUGUGGAACGCGACCACCUUUCCAACGUCGACCUCAUCCUCGACCCUAACACUGCAAUCGUCUUCGCAAGUCUAAUCUCUCUAAGUUCUCAACGUGAAGCCGUUCUGUCGACAGUUUCUGAGCAGUCCUGGCGGUAUACGAACUUACUCGUCAUCUUCGAAGCGUACCCAAUGUCUGCUUCGUACAAAGCAUCUGCACCUGUGCCGUUGAAUGCGUACACACCUCCGAAUCUCAAGGCAAUAGGACGCUUUAGGCGUGACGUUGACCUUGCCGAAGCUUGUGACAAGAAGAGCCCCGCUUGUCGAGUUCGAAUGGCAUUCGCCGAUACCGUAGAAGAUGCCGCUAUGCUUGUGAGAUAUUUCGGUGAUGUUGCCGAGACCGAAGAUGUAUCACAGGGGAUGGUAUGGGGGGAUCGGAGCUGGCUCGAUGGCGAAGUACCAGAAGAAGAGGAAAGUUUGGCAGCUGUUUCUGGCAUGAACCGGUUUGCUGCAUAUGUCAUUCUGUGCCAAAUCACGGUAGAGCAGUUCUUGGACUUGUCGCCGCAGGAGAGAAUUGACAGGUUCGGGAUCUAUGUUGGUUACGAGCGAAUGGUAUCUGUGAACGCUUUUGUAGAGGCUCGAAGUCGUGUCAUCGAAUCCUCCGAUCUGGAUGAUUCGGACUUGGCUGAUGGUGUGUAUAUGAAUCAUUCUUAGGCUCUGUUUAAGUCUGGUGGUCUCUGUAGACAUUGUUGUUGGAAGGUCAGGCUGGGUUUAGUUUCGUUGUACGUAGUGCUUUAUGUUAAUCCUUCC